AUGUCUAAUCUUACGUGUCGUAGUCAAGUCUCAGGAUUAGGGCUAGAAGUGGAGUUAAUCAAGCGUCUCGAACUGCCAUUCACCUUCACGCCUGACUCCCACAAACAAAUUGAGAUGUAUGUCUAUUCAUCCUAUCACCUCCAUACUUGCCUCAAAUCAAGAGGUAAGUCCUUGGGCAUGUUACUUUGAUACCAUGUGAGUUCCCAGUGAGAAUAACCGCAAAAGCGACAUGCUCUCAAGUCCUCCCAGCUAAUAGCCAGUAGGUUCUAGUAGACAUAUAAGCUCUGCCAGACAUCCCAUCAAGACGCGACGAUAUCUUUCACAAAUCCACAACGAGCGAAUAUCAUCACAACAACUCAGCAACACCGCGCACAAUCUACUAAAGAGCAAUUUGCGUAAGAGCAAGUCAUGA